UAAUUUCCAAUUUUACCCUUUACUCGUCUCCCACCCAAAUAAUAGUCUUCCUCUGAAAGCUUCUCCUCUAAUAAUUCCUGGGGAAGCAAGCAACUUCUUUAAAGGCAAAACGUGUCUUUAAAAGCAAGAAAAUAUUUUUCGCUUACUUUCUCCACUUACUCCCUCUUCUUCGCCCAAUCGAGAAAAACAUCCUCUUCCAAUUUAAUUUCCCCCCUCGUCUUCGUGUCUCUGUUCCUCCGCAAACUAUGGAAACUUCGAAGAAAUCACAAGUCUGUAGACGGAUUAGAGACACCGACGGUAAAAAAUGGGCCAUCGCCGAAAUCUCUAUACCGACUUCACUGAAGCCGGUGAAGACCAAACUGAAAAGGACCGAGAGAGACACGGAAGCUGAAGAAGAACACUACAGUGGAAGGGAAGAGUACUGCAUCACUCCCACGGCGAAAGAAACGAACCUCUCUGAGAAACUGAUAUGUCCCCCGGCGCCAAAGAAGCGCCGACCAGCUUUGAAGUGUCGGAGCAAUGUUGGUAUAGAGUACUUUGUGGUGCCUCCUACAGAGUUCGAGACCAUGUUUAUACGACGCCGUUAAUGUAAAAUGAUAAGGAGUCGGGACAUUGUUUGCCUUGUACUAUAUAAAUCACCCUAUGUAUAUUUAUAGUUUUAUUUGCAUUUUAUAUACACAGUUACAUAAAAUAUAAAAAUAACUUGUGAACAUUAAAUU